CUUCUAUGCUCUUCCUUCUUCCUUUUCAGUGUCCCUAUGCUCAGGUAGACCAAAAGAUCAGGCUUAAAACUGUAGCUUUGACUGCAGGAGGCAUCAGCCAAUACGAGAGAGAGCUCAUGGGCUGCGUUUUGAGGCUAACGAAAGGGCAACUUCAUGAAAAUCUGUGAAGAUGGAGAGACAGAAAAGACGCGUUGCACAUCCCCAGCUACAGGAAGAUCCAGAAAGCAGCAAAGUAGCAGGUGACUCAGGAAGCCAAUUGGAUGUGUUAGCCAAAGCGCACGAAUUCUUCCAGAUCUGUGAUGUAGAAAGGAAGGGGUUUAUUGCUCGCCAUGACAUGCAGAGACUCCAUGGGGAGUUACCUCUUGUCCCCGAAGAGCUGGAGAAAGUAUUUGACACUCUGGAUGCAGACGGCAACGGCUCUCUUACUCUAGAAGAAUUCACCACCGGAUUCAGCCAGUUUUUGUCGGGGAGGAAGGAACCUUUUGCUGAGGUCUGUGAAACUGGCUUUCAUCCUAAACCGAAAGAAAGCGUCGCAGCGGGGAAUGAAGAAGAAGAGCAGUUUUCAAAUCUCAUGGAACAACUUGGAGCCGAGAAUAUCUUGAAGGAUGAAAAUGACAUGAAGAAACUCUGGCUGCACUUGAAGAAACAUGAGCCUCACCUCCUUUCCAAUUUUGAAGAGUUCCUGACGAAAAUCUUCUCUCAGCUCCACGAAGCUGACGAUGAAAAGAACACCUUGGAGUGCGCCCUGCAAAAUAUGGUUGUUCUAUUUAUACAGUUGGACAAACAAUGCAAAGAGCUACGUAACGUUAAGUAUGACACUACGACGGAAAAUACCAAAUUGAGGGUUACUAACCAAGAGCUUCUGAAUUCACUGGAGAGAACCUCUGAGGAGUUAAUUACUGCUCAACAGCAAUUGGAAAUACUUCAGGAUGAAGCUAGAAAACUGCAGGAGGAAAAGGAAAUUGAGGUUUGCCGAGUGACAGAAAUAUUAGAGAGGGAGAAAUUAGGACUCCUUAAACAAUUGGAUUUUUUGAGAGAAAGGAACAAAUAUCUGAGUGAUGAACGGGACGUGUGUCUUCAGCGGAAAUCUGGCUAUGAGGCCCCUGUCAGUCAGAAGCAAAGGUCAGGCUCAAUUAUUGGCAAAUAUAUCGAGAGAAGAAGUUCACUGAAGAGCGAGCCUUCAGAAGAUGAGACGUUUAGUGCAUCCCAAAUAAGAAGUUCCCUUAGUAUGAAUGUGGAUUUUUCAUUAGAUUCUGAGCCCCCUAAGCCUGUGGGGCUGACCCAGAGGAAGCACUUCAGGAGGCUAAUAUCCAUUGAAGAAGACCAUCUACCACAUCUUCUCAAUAGGACAGAGAGGCAACUAAUACGGUGGUCCGAAGUAGAUGAAGACGAACGAGGACCAGACGUGAAUGGAGUCCAACAGCAGUCACAGGUUGAACAAGCUCACGCCUCACCUAGGGAAGAGCCCAUAGGAAAAGAAAACUUGACAAAUGAGGAAGCAUUCCGCAUGGCUCCGGAUCGUAUAUUCAAGAUAGUUCUGGUGGGGAAUUCAGCUGUGGGAAAAACGUCCUUUUUAAAGCAAUUCUGCGAAGAACGGUUUUACCCAGGCACAGCUGCUACAGUCGGUGUGGAUUAUUCUAUGAAAACCGUGAACUUGGAUGGCAGCCAGGUGGUGCUGCAACUCUGGGACACUGCUGGGCAAGAAAGGUAUCGCAGCAUCACGAAGCAAUUCUUCCGGAAAGCUGACGGGGUUGUUGUGAUGUAUGACGUAACAGCACAAGACACUUUUGUGGCUGUGAAGCAAUGGUUGGUGAGCGUGGAAGAGGCAGCUGGAGAGAACAUCCCCAUCCUUCUGCUGGGCAAUAAAGUCGAUAAGGAAAAAGAACGAGAGGUUCCUAAGAGAUUGGGGGAACAUCUAGCCAAGGAUUACAGUAUAAUUUUUUAUGAAUGCAGUGCCUUGACGGGGGAGAACAUCAAAGCACCUAUACUUCACUUGGCCAGGAUUUUAAAAGAGCAGGAAGACAACGCGAAAGAAAAAACCGUUCAGCUUCAACAACAGCCUAAAAAAACAAUUUGCUGUUCCAGGCAAUAAAGCACACGCAGAACUCCCUUUAAUAAAUAAACACACAAUCAUUUUCAUCUUCCCUA